GGCGCGUCGCCGCCGACCGGGGCACAAGAGGGAGGCGGCAGCGUGAGAGGCAGAGAGUGUAACCCCACGGUCGCACCGCCCGUGCGUCGUCGUACUUAAAAUAUGACUUGGGUUAGAGCGCACACGGGAUAGUCGUGCGAGUGUAGAGAUAUUAGCCGUGUGCACCGGGAGUAUUAUUGUCCGUAUUUAGUUUUAGUUUCAAGCAAAAAUAAUAGUGAAUAAGAGGGUUGUCGUCCGAGGUGGAGUGCAACGGGGUCUCCGUCGAGAGAAAGACAGAGAGAUUGAGAGAGAUAGAAAGAGCGAGGAACGGAGCGGAGCCAGCACAAGGGAGGAAAGUCAACCAACGAGCGGACGGAUGAUACGGGGGUGGCUGGGUAAAAUCAGACGCUCUCGAUCGCCGGCCGAAGUGAACGUGUGAAACGCGAGGAACAGCCGUGCAGUUUCGGGGACCGCCGUCGCGAACGAAUACAUAUCAUUUUAUCCUAGUUGCAGAGAGAGAGAGAGAGAUAUAGAGAGAGAGAGAGAGAGGGAGGGAGGAAGAGAGAAAGAGAGUGUCUGUGAGUGUGAGAGGGAGAGAUAGAGUCGGUAGCGAGAGGGCGGAAGGGUGGCUCGCGAGUGAGAAGAAGCGAGCGGAGAUUGUCGCGAGACUCAGUGAGCUUAACGAGGGUAGAUGGAGAAAGAGAGGGAGAAAGGGAGAAGAGGAAACGUCGCGAGUUCCAUUGAGAUGCGUAUACAGAGAUAUAUAUAAAUAUAGACAGAUGGAUAGAUAGAUAGAUAUAUGUAUACACAUGCGCAACGCGAAACGUGUGAGUGCACUUGGCUCGAUCGUCAUCGUCGUCAUCGUUAUUGUCGUCGUCGUCGUCGUCGUGAGCGCGUCCUCUUCCGGCCCGAGGCUCUCGGGACAGUGAGAUUUCCUUAGGGAAGCUCCGGAGGUGGCUCGACAGAGUCCGAAAGAAAGAGAGAGAGAGAGAGAGAGGAGUGAGAGAAAGGGAGAUACAAAGAGAAAUUCCCUCCCGCGGAUGAUCGCUCGCGAGCUACGUGUCGUCGCCGUCGCCGUCGUCAUCCGUCGUGCAUAUCUUUUCUCGUGAACUGUGAUUCUUUGUGCCGCUCGUCGAGGGAAGUGGGACAGUGAUCUCUGCGACGGGACGGGAUAAGACAGAUAGGCAGGAAAAAUGAAGCUCGAUCUGGACCGGGAGAAGGGCCUCGAGCUCUUCGGCAAGCUGAUACGUACAAAGAACAUCGAAAGUCUGCAGGGUGACCAGCCCAAAACCGGUCCCGAGCCACUUCAUCCAGCCGACUCCAAGCAGAAAUUACAGAAGUGCCUGACGACUCUGGACCUGACGUCUUUAGGAGUUGGCUCCUGCGUCGGGACAGGGAUGUACCUUGUCGCAGGAAUGGUGGCGCGCAGCGUUGCCGGACCUGGUGUCGUCUUCUCAUUCAUUAUCGCAGCCAUUGCUUCCAUUUUUUCCGGGGCGUGUUACGCCGAGUUUGGAGUACGAGUGCCUCAUACGACCGGCAGCGCUUAUAUGUACAGUUACGUGACAGUAGGCGAAUUAAUAGCAUUCAUUAUUGGAUGGAACAUGGUGCUGGAGUACCUUAUAGGUACGAGUGCGUGUGCGUGCGCCCUUAGCGCCUGCCUGGACGCGUUGGCGAACGGUGCUAUUUCCGGGGCGGUAGCCAACAGCGUUGGCACCAUACUCGGACGGCCGCCAGAUUUUAUCGCGUUCGUCAUCACGAUACUCAUGAUGCUGCUAAUGGCGGCGGGGGUGAAGAAAUCGCUGGUGUUCAACAAUGUGCUGAACGCCAUCAAUCUCGCCGUCUGGGUCUUCGUCAUGGCGGCGGGCAUGUUUUACGUGGAUUCCAACAAUUGGUCCGAGCACGGCGGUUUCCUCCCCUACGGCUGGAGCGGGGUUUUCACCGGCGCGGCGACGUGUUUCUACGCCUUCAUUGGCUUCGACAUAAUAGCCACCACCGGCGAGGAGGCGACGAAUCCGAAGAGGAGUAUCCCCCUCGCCAUUGUCACGUCGUUGAUCAUAAUUCUCGUCGCUUACGUCACCAGCAGCAUGGUCUUGACACUGAUCGUUCCGUACGAUCAGGUCGAUCAGGACUCGGCGCUGGUGGAGAUGUUCGGCCAAGUCGGGGCCUACAAGUGCAAGUACAUCGUCGCGGUCGGUGCGCUGGCGGGCCUGACGGUCUCCAUGUUCGGCAGCAUGUUUCCGAUGCCUAGAAUAGUCUACGCGAUGGCACAGGAUGGCCUUAUAUUUCGGAGCCUCAGCCAAGUUUGGCCGGCGACUGGCACUCCCGCGAUUGCGACUCUAACUUCCGGCAUAUGUGCCGCUUUCGCCGCGCUGCUGAUCCAGCUGGAGGUGUUGGUGGAAAUGAUGUCGAUCGGUACCCUGUUGGCGUACACCCUGGUGUCCACGUGCGUGCUGAUAUUGCGGUACCAGCCGCACUCGACGAAUCUGGUCGAAUUGCUGCCGCAGAGCUUGCGGACGCCGUGUCGAUCGCCCACGAAGGAGACGCAGGGGAACGGCCAAGUGACUUACGGCAAGGAGCUUAGGCCCGAUCAGCUUGCGACCGCGUUGAACUCGGUACAGACGUCCCAGUCGGAGCUUACGACCACCAACAACGGGCAGCGUAUCACGGUGCGGCGGGUGAGGAGGUGCAACAGCUCGUCGCCGGACUCGGACGACACGUACGGCGGCGAGGAGGACGAGGUGGGAUUGGGUAAGGACGAUCAGUAUCUCGUCAGCGACAGAACGGAGAACAAAUUCUACGGCAGCGUGCACGCGGCCGCGGCCGCCUCGAGUUGCGGUAGCGCUCAUCAGUAUCCCGGAAACACGCCGAUCAUAGGGCCACCUUUGAAUUAUCUACAGCGUCGGCUGCAGGCGGCGCAAUACCUUUGUCCCGCUAUAUUCCCGUGGGUGGACAGAGGUCCUGCGACAGAGGCGUCAGGACGCUACGUCAUGAAGCUCGUUGGGAUCUUAUAUUUAUUGAUCCUUAUUUUUGACUUGAUUAUCGUCUGUGGGAUGGGUAACAUGGGAACAUUUACAACGAUACUACUAUUCUUAUUUCUCUUUGCCAUAAUCGGUAUACUUCUCGUCAUCAGUAGAAAGCCGCAAAAUAGGAGCAGCGUGAUGUUCAUGACUCCAGGCUUACCUUUCGUCCCCGCGAUCGCCGUUACCGUCAACAUUUAUCUCAUCUUCAAGCUCAGCAUUCUCACCCUGGUCAGGUUCACGGUCUGGAUGAUUCUCGGUUUCAUCAUGUACUUCCAGUACGGUAUCAAGAACAGUAGCCUGGAGGAGGCGAACGCGUCGGAGAACGUCGACGACAUCGUCGUCGGUGGCGGCACGGCCGGCAACAUCGAGCUGACCGUGACCGAUCACCACCAGCGGCAGCAGCAGAAGCCGUACACGCCGGACCGCAGCAUCUACGAGGGCCAGCAGCUGGACGCGUUCGGCCAGCCGGUGUUCGGCAGCACGAACUUCGGCGGCACGCCGAACCAGCAGCAGCACAUCAGCAUCGGCGGUCAUCAGCAGCAGAGACAAGCGGGGACGGCGGGGAGCGGCCGCCGCAUCGACCAAACCGCGUCAACGGGCAAGAACCUGUUCAUCGAUCAGGAUAGCUUCCCCUCCUGGGACGAUUGAGGAGCACCGCGCGCGGUACCGAGAACGGAUAUUAAUGUAUACUUAACACACGAAUAGAGAGGGGAAGAGAGAUAUUAUUACUACUACAAACACCUGGCAACACGUUUGCGCGCGCGCGUGCCACUGGUAUCGGAUCAGUACCGGUGAAAUCAGACUCCUCGGAGAUCGCGGCGGUUUUGAGUUCGAACCUGGAGGAGAGGGUCCUAUCGAACGCGCGCGACGAGCUGGCGAACCGUUAUCGAGAGUUCAACGCGCUCGAAAGGAUUAUUUUGAGAAACGUUCGGCAGACAUUAAAUUCGUGUGAAAGGAAUAAGUUGAACUGCGGUUGAGAUUUAUCGCUGAUCCUUUAGACUUCUAUCAGGCUCCCUUUGUAAUUUUUCUUGACAUGGGAACUCGCUUCAGAAUCAGCGUUAAUGUUUUUUGUAACUGCACUCCUUCCUUUGGGGGCAAGUUUAUUGUUCUUUUACAUUUCUCACCUCCGAGUUUUAAUUUUACGAGAGUUUGUGCUCGUCGAUACGGUUAUAAGCCGACUAUAAGGAAUAAGUCGGUCGCUUUGAAGAUGCCGUUGACGCUCGAUCGUCCGCUCGAAAGUUUCAUCUCUCCUUACGAAGUAUGCGCGAUGGAGAUCGUCGGGGAGAGAUUUUGGUUGGUAAACGCGUGAACGGGAAGACCAAGAACCGCGGUACUCCGAGGGUCGGACUUGUUGACUAUUUGGGACGAAUGUAGCAAAUAAUUUUGCGGCAAUAUUUAUUAUCCUAAUUGUAUAGUACCGUCGUUGACGAGGUCGCAGGCGAAAAAAGGGUUAAGGGGUGGAAACGGGACAACGGGUCGAGAUAGCAAGGGUUGCCGGGAGGACGAAAGGAAAGGGGGGGGGGGGAGCGCAGGGAGAAAGAUGAAGAGACCAUUAUCAUUAUUAGUAUAAGGCGAAACUUGUGUUUUCCAAGAGAGCGUUCUAACUGCUAAUAUAAGUUCAAAUUUAUCGCUAGUCCGCGAAUGGGAAGCGAGUGAGAAUGAGGUGUGUCGUCGGAGCGAGAGGACGAAUGAAAAAUAAGAGGGAGAAUGGGAAAGAAAGUGGGCGAGAAAGCGAAGACAAAGUAGGAGAAAGAGCGAGGCGUGCCUGAGAGAAUAAUGAAUAAGAAAACAGUAUGUGAAAGCGAGAGAGAGAGAGAGAGAGAGAGAGAGAGAGAGAGAGAGAGAGAGAGAGAGAGAGAGAGAGAGAGAGAGAGAGAAAGAGAGAGAGAGAAUCCGUAGAAGAGAACACUUUAAUGAAAAAACGGAAAAAGCAAGAAAAACGUCAUCUUUUGCCUAACUUUAGUCUUUCCCAAAAAGAAGAAAAAAAGAAGUUUAGUCUAACAUAUUAUAUAAUCGUAUAUCUAAGCUUACUACAAUACUUACAUACGUCUUACCUCGAGUAAACCCUUUGAUUAU